UAGAAGGGAACAUACGAACCAUUCGAGCUAGUCCACCCAAAAACUACAACAGACACUUAAAUAAGGAAAAAGAAUCAAUCACUACAUCCAAGUGACAUGCGGGUGGUCAGGGUCGAAGUUCUUCUUUUUAUAGAACUCAUUACACUGUUUUUUAAAGAAUCUCACCCACCCAGUUUGCAUUGCGCGCUCACGCUCAACUCACGCUCUUCAUUCGCCAUUUUCAGGGCCCCCGAAAAUCCGAGUUUUAUAACCUUGAUAUUCCAUCCUUUCUUUCGAUAAUUUAUAGGCGUUAUUAAGGUCCUGUUUCCUCUAGAAUUACUUCUAUAGUUUCGGAACUAUCUUUGUGAUUCACAUUUGUGGAAGAAAAUUCUUUCCAAGCGCACUGUGUACUUAGUUUUCUGUCGCGUUUCGUUGAAACGUCGGCCAAUAUGGCGGAUAGCCGUCCUGCUAGGGGCCGUCCAAGAAGACCAGAAGGCAUCAAACGCCUAAAACUCAGGGAAUCUACAUACAAUCUGUGGAUUGAACGGAAGGAGGCCCUUGGGCUACACGGAAUUACAAAUAAUGAUUUCGCGGAGAUGCUUCUUCACCAGCAACUUAUACGAGAGCGUGAUCGAUCUCCUCACGCUCAUCCAGAUGAUACUUCACCUCAAGUGCAUCAAGGUAAAAUAUUGAAUAAUUUUUCAAAAAACACUUUUUUUUUAUUAUGCCAUUAUAGCAGUUUUAGUAUUUCGCUAUUUUUUUUUUUAUACAUUGCGCAUUCUUUCGUAUUUUUUGGUAGGAAGAAGGCAGCUAUUCCUCCAGUCGACCCCGAUGGGUAAAGAAAUCAGGACUGAGAAUAUCACAGUUUCCCCUUUAUCCUUUGCUGGUGCUGCAGAAAACUCAAGUUUGAGCAAGUGAGUACGUUUAAUUUAGCGUAGAGUCUACAAUCGGUUUGUUGUGUUAAAAGGGUAGGCUUGGAAACCUUGUACUAAUAUCAUACAACAAUAAUGAGUUUCUUCAUUGCUUCGUUCAUGUUUUCUUGUAUUUAGGAUUGAAGUUGAUGAGCUAGAGACAGACCAACUGACUGGGCACAGGACUCUUGUGGAUGAGCUUUCUGAUUGGAAUCCCCUGUUUUCCUCUCUAGAGGGCAAUCCUCAUUCAGAGGCAGAGACUAUGAGUGAAGUGGAGUAAGUGUGUCUAUUUCUCUUUGCAUUUCUCGAGACAAUUUUUUUUGCUGAGAUAAAUACUCCCACUCUUAUAUCAGUUCAUAGUUAAGCUGCUUAGCAUCUGCUUUCGCCCUUGCUACCAUUAUAAUUUUUUAAGAUAGACCAUACCAAUGUCUGUAUCCUGAAAAGGGGGUGGGCAAUCAGAUAUAAUAAUGUUAGGGAUGGGCAAAACUAUUUUAAAUCUGAAUAUAUUUGUGAUCCUAAGACCCUCUUUGGGUUUUGGAAUUUUGCAGUGUAGUGGCCUUCUUUUACCGCACAGAAUGGAAUUUUAUGCAGAAAAAACAACGUUACUUGAAUCAGCAUUUUCACAUCCUGUUACUAUUACAAAUUUUUAUCACAGAAAGUGCUGUUGUACUGUUCAGUGCAUUAGCAAUAUUUUAUUUUAUUAGCUUCACCUAUUACAUGACACACAGCGAGCAAAACAAAGCUGAAUAAGUAAGCAUUCAUUAUUAGGCAAAGAUUCCACAACACAAAUAAGCCAAUUACAUUGGUCCCAGAGUUUAAGAACAACAAAGAAGCUUCAUUUUAUUAAAAACAACAACAAAGAUGGAAAGACACAUUACAUGAAACAUUACAUGAUGGAUAGAUGGUAAUAAUGGUGAAUUUGUCAUUUCAGGUCUGGUGAUCAUGCUUCUAAUGCUAGUGACUCUGAGACUGCAGUGGACAACAGUGAUCAGUUCAGUGAGUCUGAUGAUGGCAAUAGGAGUGAAGAAGAAAUAACUUUUGAAAAUAUAGAAGUCGAUCAAACAAGGUAAAGAAUGACGUGUACUUGUUUAUUUUGCCAUGGCAAUUUGGAAAAGAGUACUUAUAAACACUAACCCAAUUUUAGUAUUUUGAAAAGAUUUUUUAAAUGUUUAUUAGGUCGGAAUGUUGAAUUUAUGAUGAUAUGUUUAUGUUAUGUUUCUGUUAUUUUUACAGCUUUUUGUCCGAACUUGACAGCGCCACAUUGACAGCCCUGGACAUUGAUCUUGAAAUGGAAAGUGCCCCCGAAGCAGUAGGAGCGCAGGCCCAGACAGAGGGUGAGCCCACAGGUCCAGCAGAGGUGCAGACAGAAGGUGAAACAUGCAGUGAGUCAUCACCAAUCCUUCCUGUCUUUGGCCCAAUGACUUUGGAUGAGACCAUCAAGGAUAUGAAAUCCAGGAUAAAGCCUGCAAUUGAAGGACUGGCAGUACCUGGGGAACACCUGAAUAGGUAUCUUGAGUUGUUGAAGGCGGACAGGGUUAUUGUGGAGGUGGAAAAGAUUGUAGAGUUGCUGGAAGGAAAUUGUCCAGAAAUUGGGUGUACAGGUCAACGAAAAGUCAUAAGUAAAAAAUUGGAGGGUGGUGUGUUGCUGAUAACACACAAGUGUAGUAAUGGUCAUGGUAGUGUGUGGAGUUCUUCAUCUAUUUUGGGUGAAAAACGUGGCCAAAAAAUGUACGUGUCAUCUGUGUUGUUGGCCUCAUCAGUUCUGGUGUCAGGAAACAACUUUGAGAAAGUUGCUCUGCUAGCAAAGAGCAUGAAUUUGAAUUUUGUUUCGUCUUCCACAUUCUCAAGGGUUCAGAGUUUAUAUGCUGUACCCAGCAUCAGGGACAUGUGGGAUAAAAUGAAGGAAGUGGUUUGGAAGGUUUUUGAGAACGAUGUCAUUUCAGGUCUGGUGAUCUGGUGAUCUAAGUACUGUGUGUAUACAAUGAUGGAGCACUACCUUAAUGUCAUUGUGGAUCUUGAGGUGGUUGACAAACGAGAAGCAGGUGGUACGUCCUCUUUAAUGGAGAAGAUGGGGUGUAAGCGACUUUUGGAGAGGAUGAUGAAUAGCCUCAAGCUUGGAGAGGUUGUGACGGAUGCAUCACGAGUCAUCAUGAAAAUGGUCAGGGAACUUAAAGGUAUUUUUAAGUUUUUAUUUUUAAUUUUUCCCGGGGCAUCUUUUUUUCUGUAACAAGUUGGAUGUGUUAAUACCAAAUUCAAAUCAACCAACCUAUUCCAACAUACAAUACUACCAUUGUUAGUUAUGAAAUAGUAAAACUGCUUUUUCUAAUAAAUUUACUCUGCUUAAAGGCUAGUUUACAGAGUGGAAUGACAGAUUUCCCUUAUAGUUUUUUUCUGGUUUCUGAAUUCAUGACAAAUUUAUUAUCUUUUCACAGUUAAAUUUGUCCUAUGUUAACACAUUUCUAAUUUGUUUAUUAUCAUUUUUGCAGAAGCAAAUUGUGAAGUGCUUGGAAACCUUUUCCACUCCCUUGACAUCUGGCAUAAAUCUAUAAAGCUGACUGCCAAGAUAACCACUGUAUGUAGAUUCUGAUUUAUUACUUGUACAUAAUCCCUCAGAACUGAUUUAGUCCAUUUUGUGUUGUGCUUAACUAUAUUUUGUAUUCCUAUCUCUUAAUAUUUCAACAGACUUGACUGCCAAUGUGCUUCCUUUUUUAUAGGCUGGGAAGAUUAAGGGCUGUGAACAACUGUUACAGUGGGUUGAACCUGUGAGGAACCAUUUCUGGCAUUGUGCAGAAACUUGUGAUGGAGAUGUUGAAGAGCUGAAGGUAUAAGUCUUACAAUUAUUUGUUUGACUGUUUGAAACUGGAUUGCUCCUGGUGACAUUUAAAAUCAAAACAAUUUUUAUGAUUUAUUAAGGAUAUGUGGCUGGAAAUCCUACAUCAUGUUUGUGGAGAGCAUGAGUGGGAUGGCGGGAUGUGUUCCCAUGGACCACUCACAGAAAUAGAAGGUGGAAAAGAAUACCUCCCUAUGACUUCCAAGGCUGCCAAGGAACUCCGAAAGAUUGUUUUAGACCGGGAGUGGCUGAAAAGUCGAGAGCAUUAUGUCAGGUUCAGGUAUGUAUUUUUUAGGAUCUCUGUGGUUUUAAUCACUCUUUCUUGAAACUCUAUCAGUUGUGUCCUCAACCAGCUACAAUGUUUAUAACAACUUACACUUUAUUUGGACUGAGGCAAUAAAAAUUAAUUUUUUACCCAUUUUCCUGUUGCCCUUAACUUUUUCUUCCUAGAGGUUUUUUAGUUACUGGAGAGGUGCAUAACAAAGGCCAAAUAUGAUCUCUGACCUUUUGUCAAAUUUCCCUCUCUUGCUAAAAUAUUGUAAGCAAGUUGAAAUUAUUUUCAAGCUUUGAACUAGUAGGUUUUGUGGGGGCUAGAUGGACAGGACUUACAGGGAAUCUGGAUGGUCUUUACUUAGUUAAAUCAUUUUUUUAGGCAUACAAGCAAUUUGGAAAACUUCAAUUCCAUGCUUCUAAAGUAUGCACCAAAGAGGAUUGCCUUUGCGUAAGUACAUUUCACUAUUAAUAAUAGACAGUGCAUGCUUUACCAGACAAUAUUAAAUGGUGACAUUUUCAGAUGCUAUUGCCCUCCUUAAGAGCGGUUUUCUGUAAGGACCGACUAAGGGUAUGCAAGAUAGAAAAAUCCGAUUUUCCCAAACUUUGCCAGAAAGAAGGCCUUGGUGAACUGUUUCUAAAAAUACAACUUUCGGGUCGUUUGGGGUUUUACUUAUUUUUUAAUGAAUUUCUUAAAUUUUGGCCGUUAACGCCGGCUUUAAUCACGUCGAAAUAUGCACUUUUGCAGAAGCUCCCAUUAAUACCUUGAAACCUUUCUUUAAAAGAUUAACCAAGCAAAUCAAACUAUCUUCUUUCGUCAGAUUAUCGGUGUCGUCAAAUGCAAAUAAAAUGUAAACGUGAAAAUUUGACAGAUUUUCUAAUUUUACAUCUUUCAAUGGUGAUUACAACAACAGUAUUUUGGCUAAAUUCAAGGCCUAAAAAAGCACUCUGGUACAUCGCUUUGACCAACAAAACUAUACUACGAGGAAACAUUAUCAUUUCAACUAAACAUCGAUGAAAAAAAAAAUUGGGGUAAAUGAAACGACGAGUUCUGAGAGCGAUUUGAAAACAGGUCAUUUUAUCAAUUAUGAGUGACCUUUGACCUUUAAUAUUCAUGGAAAUAAACGCCAUUGAGCUCUGACUUUUGUUUGCGUGAUGACGUUUUUUUGGCUCUACCAGUUUGUUUUUACUUAGAAAUACUUGCCUUUUAAAUUUUGAGCCAUGCAAUUAAUUUGGAAUAGUAAAAUUGGAAAUUAGAGACAGUUUGCUCUGACAUGUCAGUUUUGUCUACCGCCGACUCUGUAAUACCAGUCUAUUGAUACAACACAAAUGCGGCAACAAAUGCGAGGUAAAUCAAUGUGCGAGGUACUUGACUAAUAUGUCUUAUCUCAGCGAUGCUUUCUUGGAUAGAAAGAACCGCAUUCAUGGAAGUUCCUGACAAAAAUCGCCGAGCGCAUAUAUCACCUGAGCCGAGCCGAGCGCAUAUAUCACCGUGCAACAUGACCAAGUAUUGAAUGCCACAGGACACCCAGGAUUGGAUAUGGUCGCGGAGAGGUCGGUGCAUCUUUGGUAGUUCAAUUUUUUUUUGUUUUGGACUGAUAAAUAAAAUCUUUUUUCCUGGAUUAUUGAGUUGUUCUCCGUUAAUUGAGAAGAGCCCGCAUUCUGAAGAGGCAGCACUGGCUUACUUCUUUGUCUUUAAUUGCACCUGUUAAUUUGUACAGUGCAGUUUAUUCAUUGACUUCAUUCAAUCAUUGUGUACUUGCAAAUGGCUUCGUGUGACUAUGGGCAGAUUGCAGGAGGAACAUGUGGUUCUAGUGUGGACAAUCCAGAAAAUGUGAAGAGCGUGAUCCUCGCGAAGUGUACAAAAGCCAUACAAGGGCAUCUACGUUCUUGCAACAUUCAAGACGCUAGUUUAGACUCUGAACUAAAGCUGUUGUUGGCACGUGCAGGUACGUAAGGUAGAUGUCUGUAUUAAACAGGCCAUCUUUAAAAAAAAAAACAAGAAAGAAUAGACGCAUAAUUUAAAGAAAGGAAAAUAAACGCCUCCCAAUCUUUUUACAUCAAGAAGAAUCGGUGUGAGACUAAAACUAAAUGUAAUUUAGCUGCAUCGUGGUCUGAUUCAGACUGUUUUUAUAUUUUGAAAGGUGUCCGCAAAUUUAUCGAAGCACACUAGUUUUCGUACGUCUGCAGCCUGUAUAUUUCAAUUAUUGUCCAUAAUUUACACACUAAAUAAAACUGGACGAUGUUCAAGGUUUAGUUACAAGGGUAACGCGGAAAAUGACUUGAAAGGAAGGCUUAAUGAAGCGUGACGCUCAGCACCUUCUUUGAUUGAUUCGUGUACUUCUCAUUUUACUGCAUUUCAUAUACAAUUUUUACUCCGCUAAUUAAGGGCCAUGAUUGCAACUUACAACGCUAAAAUAUUUUUAGACAUACUCCUAAAACACAUAGCGUGUUAUUCAAGAAUGAAUUUUACUGACAAAGAUAUGAGUGAUAAUUAACCCGUGCAGUAGCCGACUUAAUCAAAUUAAGAUCAAUAUCAGAACAUCUGAGCUCAGCCAAAAUGCAAAAGUUAAAGCCUCCGUGUUUCUCAGUAAACACGCAAAAUUUAGACUUAUUCCUGAUCAUUAAUACUUCAAUGCGAUGAGAAUUUUAUUUUUAAAAAAAUUAUUAAUGUUGUCUACAUUUAUAAACCAUCUCAGAUUUAUCGCGAGCAUUACAGCCUUGUUUGUUUCACAGGAACUUUACAAAAGUGAGGAACAAAAACUGCUUUUGGGAUGACUGGACGUCCAAAGAAAAAUUAAAAUAAAGCUUUUGAUUUAUCUUUUGGUGCAUAAAUUAACGAUAAACGUGGAAGAAGCGAAUAAAAUGUGAACGACGCUGCGAUAUAUACGCUAAAAAUUGUUAAGUAAAAGGCACCUUACAACCUUUUUUAUCUUUGAAGGAAUUUUUGAGUUAAACGAAAGUCACCUUGAACUAACAAUAUGCCCAAGACAUCAAGACGAAUUUGGCAUUAGAUGGCGUUCAAAUAAGAUGAUAUGCCCUGCUCCCAGUGAAUGGUCAUCGCAUGGAACUUUAGUGUCAGGGGAGAGAGGAAUAUCAUCUCUACAUUCCAAGCUACUCUACCAGCAAACCCAAGUGUUGCUUCCUGUAGGCUCCCGUGAGUGUUAAACCUGUAGUGAUAUUUUACAACAUUGCCAGGUUUAGAGCGUAAAAAAAUGGCAGUUUCAAUUUCCUCCACUGCCAUUUUUUGUAUUUUAAAUUCAUAAUCGGAUAUACCCCCGCCCCCUAAAAUCUUUAAAUCAAGAAACGUGUUACCGAACAGUUUCAACACAUAGCUGCAAUAUUUCAAAAACGAAGAGCAUCAUGAGCAAAAACAGAAGCUAUAAGAGUUUGACACAGAUUUUCUGAGUAAUGUUCUGCAAUCCACUAUUUUUCUCAGAAAUCUGCAAGCAGUGCAGGAGAAAGUUGGAAGAAGCAUCACAGUUAUUAGUAUUUCCCAGCUCAGAAUCGACCACAGAAGCUUUAGGAUCUAACGUAGACAAACCGGAAGAGCGGAUAUCACAAAACAUCCCACAGGUAGAUAGAGCUAUUUGGUAUAGCUAUGGCAUGAACAUAACAGAUUAUAACCUUGUCCGAGUGGCUUUUAAUAGUUUAGUGAGGUUCAGCAAAAGGUGAGUUUUCCUCCCCUCCACUUUUGAUGACCCCAGCCUCCCUGCAUACUACUCCUUUAUAUCAUGUAUCGAUGCGAGAACACUUACAUAUCAUUGCAGUGGUGAUAUGUGCGCGGUUAAAAAAGUCAUUUGCUCUACAGCGGCGACAUCGAGUUUAUAAAUUUUUCUGCGCUAACUAGUUCAUUUUCCUUUCUAACGCGUACAGAGAAAAGAUGUGGAGAUUAAAGAAGUUGAAGACAACGUUAGCCAGUCAAUGCACCACCUGACCAUAAGAGACGAAUACUCUCAUCCACAGCUUGACAAAUCAGGACACUACUCCGAGAUCCACACUAGCGUGUAUCAAACGGACUCUCAAGCGAGCAGCGGCAGCGAGAGUUCUAACGGCGAUGAUCCACAAAUUAUAAGUCAAGCAACAAGACGUUCCUGUUGAACGAUUUCUUACGUUCAUGUAAUGCUCACACAGUCGGGUCAUACAAAAAGUGAUGGCAGGCAGCCAGCGAACGUACUAGAGCAAGCCAUGUGUCAAAGGCGAAGUCAGUUAUUGUUUCUGGCCUUAACGUUAUUGUUCCAGGAGACGCAGGCUACCUCUGGGAAGCCGUGAAAAAAUCUGGCUCAGUCGAGAAGGUACUUGGCAUCGGUGAACGACAAGAAGACCGAAAAUAUCUAAAGGCACUGGCGGAGUCUUACCAAAACGCAUCUACUUGGGAAACAAGGCGUCAGAUAUUAUCAAUCAUGGCAGACCUAAUAACGUUUAAGCGUAUCCUAAACUACAUUCCAGGGAUCACCGAAUACCGGUUCAAAAUGGCGAGACAGCACUCUCUUCAAUAUGGGCGGGGUGCCUUGCCAGCCCGAACAAAAAGUCCUAGGAUGAGAGUAGAUAAUAAACAGUUGGAUCACUUUUUGACUUACAUAACUAGCCCGCACGUUAUCCAGGAUCUUCCUUUUGGGCAGCGAUAUCUCCGCCUAUCUUCUGGAAAGAUAUUAGAAACCCCAAAUGUCAUUAGGGCGAUGAUCCCUAACAGGCUAGUAAAGCAGUACCAGGCUUCUUAUUGCGAGGAGACGAAUUUCACUCCAUUCAGCCCAACAACAAUGUUAAGAGUCCUGUCUGCCUGCAGGGCGACCGUAAGGAAGUCCUUGCAAGGGCUCGACUACAUUGCUUCGGAUCGCGCGAAAGGGUUUAAAGCUUUGUGUGGAAUAGUGGACCAACUGAAAGAGAGAGGUCUGGACAGAGAGACUGCCAAAAAAUGGGAAGUGUCUCUGAGGGAAGGCAAGCAUUAUCUGAAGGCUGAUUAUAAGGUAUCAGAUACGGUUUAAAACAUGGUUAACUGAAAGUAAACCGUAAUAUAUAACGAACUGCCACGAGACUGGCAAAAUGGCAAAAACUGUUAACUUUGUCGUGAGGGCUUAUUUAAAUCAGGUGGGUUCUUUUCCAAACUAAUUAUACUAUUGUUGGGCAAGAGAACACCGCUCUCUAUACUGGCGACCGUCUUCGCCUUGCUAGGUGUGUACUUUAUUCUACCAAGAUUCAUAUUUUCUAAUUGCUUUAACCAAACUUGGCAAAAAUAUUGCGGGUACAAUAGAUGAAAGCUCAGAAACUUCAAACGGUCACUAAAUUUACUACUUUGUCUUUUUUGAAGGUUCAUGUAUCCGAGUCCUCCUCGGUUGCAGACCACUGCAGCGGAUACGCUCUCAGCGAUAGUAAGGACGAUGAACUAAGAUCCCAAUGCUCUCAUAAUCAUGACAUUCAGUGUUCACAGUGUGAAAGUCUCAGUAAUGUUCUUUUUUCAAUUAAAACAUUCGUGACUGAGUCAACGUUUGUACCUGAAGAACUAGAAGACGUCUUGUACACGCAUAGUCAUGCAGUCCAGGCAAUCCACCCCUGGAAAGCACAUCAACUCAGGUGUGUCAGGCAAGAUACAGCAAGGAUGGCGUGCUUAAGCGCUUUAGAUGAGACCUCUGUACUUAUAACACAAGAUUGGGCUAUGAAGUUUUUACCGCUCAAAUAUAGAGAAAACCAAUCAGAUUGGUACGGGAAACGAGGAAUAUCGUGGCAUAUAAGUGUCAUCGCAAGAAAAAUGAGAGGGCUUUUAGAAAGUCAGUCCUUCGUCCACAUAGUUGAGAAUACAUCACAAGACAGCUCAGUUGUAGUGCGAAUUAUUGAGGACACCUUAAGGUCGCUGAAAGAGGAGAAUCCUAGAAUCAACAGUGCCUUUCUACGGCAAGAUAACGCGGGAUGUUAUCACAGUUCUGCUGUAAUAGCAUCAUGCACCCUAAUGAAGGCAAAUACUGGGAUAGACGUUUGCAGAGUAGAUUUCAGUGACCCUCAAGGAGGCAAGGAGGCAAGGGGGCUUGUGACCGAAAAGCCGCCACUAUCAAGGCCCAUGUCCGCAGGUAUGUAAAUGAGGGCCACGACGUGCAAGAUGCUGAACAGCUUCAAACAGCUAUCCUGUCUAAUGGCGGUGUCACCGGGGUUCGCGUUACUGUUGUUAAUGCUGCCGUUUCUGCCUGUGAACUGCCUCAAGUCAAACUUGAUGGCAUCAGCUCGUUAAACAACUUUGAGUACUGCAAAGACCAGUUGACAGUUUGGAGAGCUUUCAACGUCGGAAAUGGAAGGGAGAUCAGCCAAACGAAAGUUCAAGGUAAAAAAAAAAUACGGGCAUAGUGAUAUGUAAAUGUACUGUAUUGGAGUGUUGCAAAUACUCAGUGACUUAGCCAGCUAAUAAUUACGGAUAACGGGCAAUAUUAACAGAGUGUAAGAGAGUCUAUACUAAUGGCUACUAUGGACAACUCAGUCAGUUGUGUACAUGAUAAAUUAACAAACCUUUAAAAGACGCGAAAAACGUUUCAUCUAAAAUUAAAAGACUUCCAUUUCAAUGUUCGCUUUUUUACUUGCUGAUUUUCCCCUGGUGACUUUGUAAAAGCAUCCAAGGAAGCCUCAAAGAAGCCAAGACCCAAUGAAACGAUGACAGUAGAAGAAGCGAAAGACGCUUCUGUCUUGUUCUCCUGCCCAAAUGAAGGUUGCAUCAAGGUAUACGAGAGUUACUCGAGUCUCGAAAGGCAUAUGUCGUUUGGCAAAUGCAAGUUGAUUCCGGAGAAAGGGACUUUGCUGGACAGGGCUAAAUUAACGUACCACACUAUCCUUCAGAACGAUAUUGGCAUUGCAAAAGUAUUUGAAGGAAGGGAAACGGAGAAGAAGCACGGUGUCAGUUUACCUGAGGGUUGGGCGUUGAAAACUGCAAAGAAGUCGUCACGGUUUAACGAAUCACAAAGAAAGUACCUGGAGGAAAAAUUUGAGCUUGGACAGCAAACAGGCCACAAACAAAACCCUGAGAAAGUGGCGAGAGAUACGCGUUUUGCAAAAAAAGCAGAUGGUUCGAGGCUGUUCUCGAGUGAUGAGUUUCUUACCUCGCAGCAGAUACAGUCUUUCUUUUCAAGAUUAUCGUGCAAGUUGCGUCACGCUGUAGAGGUUAGCGACUCAGAUUUACAAGCUUCUCAGGAUGAACAAGAGUUUUGCGACACCCGCCAGACUGUGUUAGAGGAAGUACAGCUAGAACAUCCCAUCGCUUAUGACAACCUAAACCUUUGCGAAUUGACCAAGAAAGGUAACAUGAAAACACUCAGCAUUGCAAUGCUGAAGAACAUAUCAUAUUUUGAUAUCUGCACGGAAGAAUUUAACCCAAGGCGCAAGGCAUAGUACCUUGCCGCGUUAGGGGAUCUUGUAAAGGGGUGCGGCUGUAACGCCUAAAAGUCAAAUUACUGUUAACAGUUUGGAUAACAGUUGUCAGGAGGGGCCGCAUCUCGUUUUGCGCGAUGGUUGGAAAAAAAGUGUCCCACCUAGUUUAUUUUAGCUCGUCAGAUUCAUCACGUAUAGAAAAGCUUCAGUUCCAGUUUUUUUUAUUUACACGCUGACGUCUUUCUAAGCUUGUACCUACUGGUGACGUUAUACUUUUGCGCAUUCCUAAUUUUGCGCAAUCCCACCUCCCCCAUCGCUCCGCGGACCGUGUCGUCGGAUUUUAAAAUCUAUAGUUUUCUUCGAAAAUAAUUGUAUUAUUACAAUUACUACUUCUAAGUAAAGCGAUAACUUGACUCGUAUUAUAAUCACUUAAACUGACGAUGUUUAUACGUAGAAUUAACGGGAAGCGUUAUUAUCGUAUAAGACUAAGAGCAGAUGUGACAGAAACAUUAUUAAUUUAACGAGCGCUUCCUAAAUCUGCGCUCAUCUACCCGAUGUUAUAUUUUCCCUUCAUUCUUACAGGAUUUUUCUGGCAACGAAAGAAAGGAAUCGAUCCAUACAAGUUUUGUUUUAGUUUGUGGGUCCGUAACCGUGGGGUUACUCGACCAAUACUAGGGUAUAUGUGAGCCGCUGAGGAUCUAAAAUCCUGACCCUGUUUAGGAGAAACAAAUUGCAAAAUACAUGUUUAUGAUAUACCCUGUUUAGAACAGAGAGUUCAAAAAUCACCCCCGGGGUCCGUUAUUACUGCGCGUCAUUUUUACCUUGAGUCCCAUGGACCUUACCCAACACUAUUCAGGGUAAGUACGAUUAUUUAGGAAUUAUCCUAACACUUAAGUAUCUAUUAUAGAAAUAUUCCCAUGCCUUUUGUCAGUAUAGUACAAAACACCCAGUGUUGCUAAAAACAUAAUGAGACUUGCGGUUCCGGAAUACACUUUACUGGGUUUGCUGUGGCGUUUCAUGGUCAAUUGUUUUUAUGCAAAUUGUGUUAGCGCCCGAGUUCAAUGAUCUCUGCGUACUUUUCUAAUGAGUGCUGUGCUUUCGAUCCAGGAAAAGAUCUGUAAGGUAGGAAGUAUUUAUAAGCAAUUGGUGAAUUGACUAACCUUGUAGCUGAUCACCUAUUUGUGUUGUAAGUACAAAGACAAUCAAUUUCUAAUUCACCCGUAAACAAACCGCAAACGCCUGAGCAAACUCAUAUUUUGACUUUCCAAAUUCUCGUUUUUAGGGAAUACAGUACCACAAAUUGAAAAGACCAGUAUCCUUAAUUGGUAAUAUGCUAGAAAUGAGGAAAUAGGCUUCAUCAUGCAAGGGAAAAUCAGAGCUAAAGAGCUCUGGGUUUCUAUUUCCACUGAUUUGGAACCGUUCCAAGUUCAAAAGGUCGCUCAAAAAUGGCCCAGGUAACCCAUUUUGAAAACGCUCUCAGGACUCGCCGUUUCAUUUACCCCAAUUUUUUUUUUCAUCGAUGUUUAGUUGAAAUGAUAAUGUUUCCUCGUAGUAUAGUUUUGUUGGUCAAAGCGAUGUACCAGAGCGCUUUUUUAGGCCUUGAAUUUAGCCAAAAUACUGUUGUUGUAAUCACCAUUGAAAGGUGUAAAAUUAGAAAAUCCGUCAAAUUUUCACGUUUACAUUUUAUUUGCAUUUGACGACACCGAUAAUCUGAGAAAAGACGAUAGUUUGAUUUGCUUGGAUAAUCUUUUUAUGAAAGGUUUCAAAGUAUUAAUGGCAGCUUCUGCAAAAGUGCAUAUUUCGGCGUGAUUAAAGCCGGCGUUAACGGCCAAAAUUUAAAAAAUUCACUAAAAAAUAAGUAAAAUCCCCAAACGACCCGAAAGUUAUAUUUUCAGAAACAGUUCAUCAAGGCCUUCUUUCUGGCAAAGUUUGGGAAAAUCGGAUUUUUCUAUCUUGCAUACCCUUAGUCGGUCCUUACAGAAAACCGCUCUUAAGUAUUAAUAAAUGGGUUGUAAUAUCAUGUUUUAGGUAUGAAGUUUUUACUGGACGGAUUUUGCUCGCAGCUCUUGACCACAAUUUUCAUGUUUUCCGAAAGACACUGGAAGGCCGGUUUAAGAAAAUUUAUUCUAAAAGAUCAGGUAACUGGAGGCGGUGGAACCGGUGAAGGAGUCAAAGCAAUAUCCUCACAUGUCUCUGCUCCAGGCAGACAUCUUAAGACGCCGCAGUGAAGACACAGAAGCUGUUACCAGACACAUUGAAGUUUCCCCUGCAAAUCCUGUCCAUCUGGCUCCAACAAUAGCCAUGAAAAGGGCCCCUUCGACUCAGGAGCUGGUCAAAGCCAAAUUAUCACGAUUUCAAAUGGAAAAGAAAUCACAAUAGGUGCCAAAGAACUCUGCAUCAGUAAAAAUGCAAUCUUUGAAAUUACUUUGAAAUGGUGUGUGGAAAAAGAAACUAGAUUACAUGUAAUCUUGAAAUACUGCUUAAUUCCCCUUUGUUUUACAAGGAAAUGUAGGGAAAUUUAGAAUAAGCGGUAACAAAUUUAACAAAACCCACACUACAGCUUCCUUUGUUGCACACACUCUUUUUCAGUUUUCAAACCAGUUAGAAUAAAUAAAUAGAUACAUUAUUUAUUUAUGACAAUAAUUAUUGUUAUUGUCAGUGGUUGCAAAUUUACCCACAGUUCUUCAUCUAAAAUAUUGAAGGUAAACUGGUAAUGUAAAGAAGCAGGUUUUUAAGGGAUAAUCCACAAAGAACAAAGCCUCUCAUAUAGAGCGCUUUUCAAUUGAGUGUCGAAAACCAAAAUCAAAGUAAUCACAACGGCCAUUCAGAGUAAAGGAAAUUAUCAGAGGGAGCCAAUGACAACUCGAAGUAAACUCGUGUAACCAGUCUGUAGCGCGGGAAAACGCGAGUGACCAAGGGGCGAUUGGUUUUAGUUUACAUCUGAUUGGCUGAGAGGGUGGCGCGAGUUUUCUAGACCAAUCAAACAGCACAGUAAAGCAAAACCAAUUCAAUCCUGGAUUACUUUCAACACUCAAUUGAAAAUUGCUCUAACUGCGUACCUCUGUGAUUGGAACCCCAACCUUAUUGGUGGUAUGUGAGAGCUCUAAUCACUACUUUGUCCUUGCUUCCCAUUAGGAGUCAGAUUAUCAGCAUUGGGUUUGAAUAUAGUAAUUUUAGAUGAAUAUAGUUUUGAACAUGAGAACCAGACAUCAACUUUGGGAAUUGUAUCAUGUUACAUCAUAUUUAAUUUGAGCAUAAUUAAAAGAAAGAAAUGGGCUAUAAAUACUGUUGUGACAUUUCUG